UAAUUUCCAGCGCACGAAAACUUGGACGGGGCACAUAAUUUCCCAAACUGCCGCUUUCGAAGUUGGAAUUUCCAACGAUGGCUUCUUCACCGGUGGCCGGGAAAACCAUGCGGGCCGUUCAGUACGGCGGUUAUGGCGGUGGUUUUGCGGCAUUAAAGCAUGUAGAGGUCCCAAUUCCUUCACCAAAGAAAGAUGAGGUCUUGCUUAAACUGGAGGCGGCUAGCAUAAAUCCUGUUGAUUGGAAGAUACAGAAAGGGGCUAUUCGACCAUUCCUUCCGGCCAAAUUUCCAUUCAUACCAGUGAGUGAUGUUGCAGGAGAGAUUACUGAUGUGGGCUCUGCAGUCAAGGAUUUCAAAGCCGGUGACAAAGUUGUAUCCAUGCUUUCCGUAAAGAACGGUGGUGGGCUAGCCGAGUAUGCUGUAGCCUCAUCAAACCUAACCGUGCACAGACCGCCUGAAGUAUCCGCAGCCGACGGGUCAGGCUUGCCCAUUGCUGCAUCCACUGCUCUCCAAGCGCUCAAAUCUGGUGGAGCCAAGUUUGAUGGCACUGGAAAGCCUCUGAAUGUACUCAUCACUGCGGCAUCCGGCGGCGUCGGUUCGUAUGCGGUGCAGCUUGCAAAACUCAUUGAUCUCCAUGUAACCGCAACCUGCGGUGCACGAAACAUAGAACUUGUGAAGAGCCUAGGCGCUGAUGAGGUGCUUGACUACAAGAGCCCAGAUGGCGCUAAACUGAAGAGCCCCUCAGGCAAGAAAUAUGAUGCUGUGGUACAUUGCACGGUUGGUAUCGACUGGUCCACAUUUGAGCCAAAUCUGAGUGAUAAUGGGAAGGUUAUAGACAUCACUCCCUCUCCUACCACCUUUCUGAAUUCUGCUAUUAAGAAGCUAACCUUUGCUAAGAAGAAGAUAGUGCCACUGUUUGCUUCGCCGAACAAGGAGGAAUUGGAGUUUCUUGUAGGGUUGGUGAAGGAGGGGAAGCUGAAGACAGUGGUGGACUCCAAGUACCCAUUGAGCAAGGCAGAGGAGGCCUGGGCUAAAAGCAUAGAUGGGCAUGCCACUGGUAAGAUUAUCGUUGAGAUUUGAGAAGAUGAAAUGCUCAUCCUUCGUGUGUGUGCUUGUUUAUAUAAAAUGGUACUUGUAAAUUUAAUAAUGUUUCAUGUGUUUGUGUGGCAUUUG